CAAUCACUUGUCACACAUUUUAUCCUUCUUGGAUUUGGGGAUUUCAAUAAACUAGAAGUUCUGCUCUUCUUUGUAUUCUUGGUGAUCUACAUGGCAACCAUGGUUGGAAACGUUCUCAUUGUGGUGCUGGUUGUGAUUGAUAAGAAGCUUCAUAACCCCAUGUACUUCUUCUUGGGGAACUUGUCCUGCUUGGAGAGCUGCUACAGUUCUACCGUUUUGCCCAGAAUGUUAUUCAGCUUCUUAACAGGGGACAAAACUUUGUCAAUGGCUGGUUGUAUGACACAGUUUUAUUUAUGUGCCUCUCUUGUAAGUUCUGAAUGUUAUCUCUUUGCCAUGAUGUCUUAUGAUCACUAUGUGGCUAUAUGCAAACCCUUACGCUACACAACUCUUAUGAAUGACAGGCUAUGCCUCCAACUGGCUGCUGGAUCUUGGGUUAAUAGAUUCAUGGUUAUGUCAGUAUUGCUAUACCUGAUGUUAAGAAUGACAUUUUGUGGUCCUAAUAUCAUUGACCAUUUUUUCUGUGAUCUUACCCCACUCAUGAAACUUUCCUGCAGCAAUAUUCACAAAAUGGAACUCGCAAACUACAUAACUGCCCCUUUACUUACUCUGCCUCCAUUCAUAUUAACGAUAACCUCCUACGUUUCUAUUAUCUCCACGAUUGUUAAUAUCCCAUCCACCACUGGAAGAAAGAAGGCCUUUUCUACCUGCUCCUCUCAUCUUAUUGUGGUAACUAUUUUCUAUGGGACUAUCAUCGUUGUUUAUGUGCUUUCAAAGACUCCCACUCUUAAAGAACUGAACAAAGUAUUCUCUGUGUUUUACAGUUUUCUCACUCCCCUGGUCAAUCCCCUCAUAUGCAUCUUGAGAAACAGAGAGGUAAAAGAUGCCCUGGAAAAAAUGUGUUGGAAAAUAUAUGUACUUGAAAAGUAA